GAGCGAACGAACGACCGAACAAAACAAAACGCGGUUUUGACAGCUCCGGCUGGUCUGGCUGGCGCGGAGAAAACGCACCUUCGUGAUACGUAAUCCCUGACGCGUGAUCCACAUUUUAUAAUUAAAUCCGCGCCUCCCUCUCCCCCCCCUGUGUCAAACACUAGUGAAUCGCAACCCUGUCUGGAACACUGGACGCAUCCUAAUUGGAAUGUCCACAUGAGGCUGCUGAAAUUCUUGCUUCGUUAUUUCCCGCCAGGUCUCGCUCUGGAGUACACGCAGGGCGGUGACAUCAAGACAAAAAUGAUCGACUUACUGGACUUGUCCGCCGAAACGGACGUAAGAGCAUUAGCGGAAAGCAUAAGAGCGGCCGAGCCCAUAAUAACCGAAAGUGUAAUGGACCAGUUAGUCGAAACUCUGCAGAAACUGCAGGCUAAAGUUUGCGACACAAAUACCAAGCGCUACUACAAAUACAAAACCUUACAGACGCAUCUUUUGCCAGUCACUAAUGUAGCGCUCGAUAAACUAGGUAAAAGAUGCCUGACGGGCAGCUAUGACCGAACUUGUAAAGUUUGGGACAUUGACAGUGGAGCGGAGCUUUUUACUCUCGAAGGCCAUAAGAACGUGGUCUACGCCGUCUCGUUCAACAAUCCGACUUCAGACAAAAUUGUGACCGGGUCCUUCGACAGAACGGCGAAGGUCUGGUGCUCGCGGACGGGUCACUGCCUCGCAACCAUGUGGGGUCACGAUGCGGAAGUGGUGGUGGCUAAAUUCUCACCGACGCGAUGCAAGCUCGCGACCGGCUCCAUCGACGCGACGUCAAAAAUAUUCCAUACAGAAACCGGUCAGGAAUUGGGUACGUUACGGGGACACACGGCGGAAGUUAUUGCGCUGCAUUACAACGACGAUGGAAAUCAGAUCAUAUCGGGUUCCUUCGACGGAACCGUGAACAUCUGGGAUACAAGGACAUUUGCACGAACGAGCGUGCUAAUCGGCCAUCGCGCGGAGUUGUCCAAUUGCCUGUAUAAUUUCGACUGUUCGUUGAUCGCCUCGUCCUCGAUGGACAAAAGCGCGAAGGUGUGGGACGCAAGGAUGAAUUCCUGCUUGGCCACGCUGCUGGGACACGACGACGAAGUUCUGGAUCUCGCUUUCGACAAUAACGGCAAGAGACUGGCGACGGCCAGCAGUGAUACCACCGCGCGAGUUUGGGAUAUAAGCAGCAAUUUCCAACAGUUGGCUCUCGCGAAAGGCCAUCGGGAGGAAGUGUCGAAAGGCAAUUAAUGUCUUAUUGCAAACGGAUGCUGCGCUUUUCAUCUUUUCUAUAUAUCUAUAUCAAACGUGUAUAACAUAAAUUAAAAUUCUAUGAACGUAUUUUCAGUUUGCUUCAGUCCGAACGGCCAUCAACUUCUAACUGCCUCCUUGGACAGAACGGCCAGGCUGUGGUCCGCGGACGACGGCUCCUGCUUUCAGCAAUUGAAAGGUCACACCGACGACGUUUUCGCGUGCGCAUUUUCGUAUACGGGGGAUAGCAUAAUUACCGCCAGCAAGGACAAUACCUGCACAAUUUGGAGGUGACUCGAUUGGUUUCAGGUGUCCGCUUAGCUUCUGCUCGUCGCUCUGUUUAUCGUUUACAUCGUAUAUUUUUAUGUUAUCUAAAUAACGGUGUGCGCGCAGCCUAUCGUUUUUCGAUAAACAGACGAGCGAGCGAUGAUAUCAAGUGCUUCCGUGUUCUAGCAGACAGCAACGUCAACAUUUUGAUAAAAGCAGAAAGAAUAUCUCCAAAAA